UAUUUAUUUACUAAAAUGUCGAAUGCAACAAAAGAAUGUAAGCAACUGCAGCCGCGAGCAAUUUUCGGCAUCAAUGGCAAGGUGGAAAAUGGCGUACGCCAGCAUCCGAUUACCCAGGCGGCCAUAUUUCCACUGGGCAACAAGAUUGCAAUUGCCGAUUUUCAAAAGAACACACAGGAGUUUAUUGCCGGACACACCAACAGCAUAUCCUGCCUGGAUGUCAGCAAGAGCGGCAAAUAUAUUGCCUCCGGUCAGGUUAAUCACAUGGGAUUUCGCGGCUACGUUAUUGUAUGGGAUUACGAGACACGUAAGGAAAUCGGACGUCACGAUCUGCACAAAGUGAAAGUGCAGGCAAUUUGUUUCACGGCUGAGGAUCGCUUUGUAAUAUCUAUUGGAGGAAAGGAUGAUGGCUCUGUCAUUGUCUUUGAUAUGCAGACAUAUUCUCCUAUUUGUCGUCAACCUGCCUCUAGGGCCAUCUCAGGGAACGCCUUAACAGUGCGUCCGCUGCACAACAAUCCGUUCUUCUUUCUUACCGCCGGCGAUCGCCAUCUUCGUCUGUGGAGCAUUCUACGGGAGCAGAAGAAACUCUAUGUACAGGACGUGCAGCUGGCCUCCAAAUCUCGGCAAUUCUAUUGCGCCCGCAUCGAUAAGAAUGAUGAGUUUGCUUAUCUUGGAAGCGGCACUGGCGACAUUAUCAAGAUCGUGCUCAACUGCUGCGACAGGGACAAUGUGACACGUCAGGGUUCAUCCAGUGGCAUUCUAGGUGCAUUUGGUACUCAUAAUCCACGCAAGCCAACUGGACGAGAUUGCAAUCGCUAUGUGAAUGGAGUGCGUGCUCUUUAUGUGCUGGAGGGAGGUCGUCUAUUAAUUGGAGCCGGCGACGGUGAAGUGCAGUUGGUGGAGGAACGCACCGAUGUACCAUUGAUCAAUUUUCGAGAGUAUCCCGGACCAACCUGGCCAUAUUUGCGCACUGUGAAGACUACUCGGGUGUCUGGACGCAUCUCUUCGUUUGUGCGCUCCACACCAGAGAAGUUCUACAUCUGCACGGACACCAAUGAGAUCUACAUGCUUAAUAUAUCCACCUGGGUGCUGAAACUGCUGCGCACCUGUCAUGCCAAGGCAGUUUACUUCAUCACAUUUCCCAAAAAUUAUGCUGCGGUUUUUGCCACUGCUGGUCACGAGAGUAUUCGCAUUUGGUCCUCAUCCCGCAAGCAGGAACUACUCCGCAUCAUGGUGUACAAUUUCAACUGUGCCGCAGUGCGUUUCUCCCAGGACGGCACCAGCAUUGUCUCGGUGUGGAACGAUGGCAUCAUACGCGCCUUUACUCCCAUGACAGGGCGUCUCAUUUAUGCCAUACCAAAUGCUCACAAUAAGGGAUGCAGUGCCUUGGCCGUCGCAUCCACAGGUCGCUUUAUCGUCACGGGCGGCAUUGAGGGUCAGGUGCGCGUGUGGAAGAUAGAACCAUAUCGUCAGGAUCUGGUUGGCGUACUAAAGGAUCAUUCAGGUCCCAUUACUUCACUCGACAUUAAUUAUCUGGACACUGAGGUAAUCUCUGCUUGCACUGAUGGAUCUUGUGUUAUUUGGGAUAUCAAUCGCAUGACCCGCAAACAGGUUGUUACUGCCAAUACGCAGUUCAUGUCUGUUUUGUAUUUCCCUACCGGAGUACAGAUACUAACCUGCGGAUCGGACGGCAGAAUCAUCUACUGGAUGGUUUAUAAUGGCGCUCUCAUACGUGAACUGACCGCGUCUAAGAAGUCAUCCGUGAACUGUUUGUCCAUGAAUGCUACUGGCGACUAUUUUGUUAGUGUUGGCAGCGAUCUUCAGGUCAAGCUGUGGGAUUAUAAUAGCGGCGAUGUUGUAGGAGUUGGAUCAGAGCACGCUUCGUCUGUAAUUAGUGCUGCAUACAGUCCUUGUGGCAAGACAUUUGUCACUGGCAGCACGGAUGGAUCAUUGAUCAUUUGGGAUGUACCCCAGGAAUACUGGGGACAACCUAAUCCCCCAGAUGGACCCACUUAUACACCAUCGAAGGCAGUUCCUAAGGGUAAAACUAUACAGGCACGUGUGGACUCUGGCACACGUGUGAAGCCACUUCCGGGAGAGAAUAUAAACGGACUACUCAAGGCUACACCAAAGGAUGACAUCUGUUGUGUCGAGUGUCCACCUUGCGCCAAAAAGGAAACCAAGGCGGCAAAUGCAUACGCCGAGUGUAAGAUUGUGCCGGAUGUAAGAAAAUGUUAGAUUCUAUAUGUUCAAAAUUAAUUUAUCCGUUUUAAGAAUUAUACCAAA